GCCAACGGUCACAUCGCGACCAAAGAGCGGGCAGGCUGUGCAAGUGCAUAUACCGUUGUGGCCAUGCUCAAUACUCGGUUCAAAAAGGGUCCCCAUCUUAAGCAAUAAUCUUCUCCAGACUUUUGAUGUUUGUUGGUGGCACAAAGUCAACCAGUCUAGUUAGUUGCGUUCUGCUACUUAAUCGCGGGCGCGCACCAGCAGAUUUGGAAAUCCAUUAACCGUCCCAACUAAGUGCAGCAACCAACCGCAAUCGCGAAGCCAUGGUCAUACCACUAGGGCGGCUUUGGCGGGGCUGAAGACAGCUCGCUGGCCGUUGGGUUAUGUCAGGUACACUUUUACCAGGGAAUAUCUGCUUGGUCGCAUGCCAAACAACCAAGGGAGCGUGAUUCGCCUCACUAUUGACCAUCUGUCUGUCAACCAGCCAACGCGCACGGCAGAUUUGAUCGUGCAUAGUGAGUGUGCAUCGAGGUCAUAUACGCUUCAAUUGAGAUACAGUCCGAGACCACAUCGCCCUCCAAAAUUCGUCCGUUUUGGACCCAUCCUGCUCCCAAAAGAUCUUCAUAAACGGAAUUGCAACUAGCUACGUUACGAUCAACGCACAAACAAGCCGCCAAAACAACGCACCAGGUUGGUGCAUCUAUGGCAGCGAUGCGGCGUUCCAACUCGUCCAAUAUUGGCAGGCUGCUCCUCAACGGCAAAUACUCGGACCUGCUGCUUCGAUGCAACGGCAUUGAGCUGAGAGCCCACCGCGCCAUCGUCUGCACUCAGUCGGCAUGGUUUGAUCAGGCCUGCAGCGGCGCAUUCCAGGACGAGUAUGAGCGCAUCAUCGACUUCCCCGAUGAGCGCCCUGAAAUUCUGUACAAGGUCCUUGAGUUCCUGUACACUGAAGAUGUCAAAGACGUCGAGUUUUUCGACAAUGGUCAAAUAAUCACCCGAGGGCCUUCCAAUUCAUCUACCUCUUCAUCUUCCAACCGUUCUAUCGCCGGCGGCGGUGGCGGUCUAGGUUUCCAACUGGCCAUUGCCGGUCUCCCACCGGACGAGCACGAUCAUUCAUACUCGCCUCAGUACCACAACAACCAGCCCCUUCGUCGUCACCACUCGGUCCUGACGACCCGUCGGCCAUCCACGUGGACCCCAUCCCCUGUCACGCCUUCAUUCGUCUCGCCCACCUACACCCCUUCACCACCACCGCCCGCCAGCGCAACGCCAGCCACGGCCACAACGACGACGACCGGGGCGCUCCUGACCUCGCCAUGGAACGAAUGGGCGCACCUGCAGCAGUCCGGGGCGGGGAUUGACGGCAACAGCGCUGCCGCGGAUGACGAGGGCCAGGAUGCCGUGGCAACCUUGUAUACGUACCUCCGACUCUACGUCGCCGCGGGGAGAUAUACAAUCCCGCAACUGGGUGGGCUGGCUUUGGACCGAUUCUCGCGGAUCGUCAGGGGCCACUGGAUGACAAUCGCCUACUGGGCGUCGGACCAUCGGACAAGAGACUUGCUGGAGGAACUAUUCGAGACGACAGCCGAGUGGCCGGGGGACAAGUUGAGAAAGUUAGUAUACGAGCUCGUGGCAGGGUGUUAUAGGGAUUGUAGGGGGAACCUGAGAGAUGUCAUGCUCAGGUUUCCCGAGUUUGCUGUUGAAGUCCUGGAUCGGCUGGCUGGGUUCGGGGACGGGGACGAUGGCCGGCAUGGGAUAGAUGAUAUGAGGCGACUCACGUUUCUGCCGCCUUGAAUACCCUUUUUAUACCCUAUCUCGCGUAAAAAAAAUUAUCAAGAUCACAUUCUCA